AUGAAGAAGCUGAUUUUCUUGAUUUUUAUAACGGGCUUAAGCUUUUUUGCCGAAGCUCGACCAAAUUUAAAGAAGUUUUCUGAAACAAAAGAACGCGUUUGUGGCUAUGAUGGAUGCCCUGUUCCAAAGCCUGGAAUGAUCAAUGUUCACAUGGUACCUCACACCCAUGAUGAUGCUGGAUGGUUGAAGACAGUGGAUCAGUAUUACUAUGGCAGCAAAAAUACAAUUCAGAAGGCUGGAGUGCAGUACAUUAUUGAUUCUGUGAUUCAGGAAUUGCUUAAGGAUCCGGAAAAGAGAUUCAUUUAUGUUGAAUCUGCUUUCUUUUCGAUGUGGUGGAAGGAACAAACGCCUGAAUUGCAGGAGCAAGUUAAGGAACUUGUGAAUGAAGGGCGGCUUGAGUUUAUUGGAGGUGCCUGGAGUAUGAAUGACGAAGCUGGUGUCCAUUACAACAGCGUAAUCGACCAUUUCACGCACGGCCUGAAAUUCCUCAGUGACAAUUUCGGCACCUGUGGUCGUCCCCGCAUCGGAUGGCAAAUUGAUCCCUUUGGUCAUUCGCGUGAACAAGCCUCACUUUUCGCUCAAAUGGGCUACGACGGCAUGUUCUUCGGUCGCAUCGAUUACCAGGACAAAGAACUCCGCCUGGCAAACAAGGAAAUGGAGAUGAUUUGGCACGCCAGCAAAGAUCUCGGCGAAUCCAGUGACAUUUUUGCCGGUGUCUUACAUAACUUGUACCAACCGCCAAGUGGCUUUUGCUUCGAUAUCUUGUGCGAUAACGAGCCAAUCAUCGAUAACCCCAAAAGUGCGGAUUACAAUGUCAUUGAACGCGUCGAUACGUGGUUCGAGUUUGUGCGAAACCAAUCGGAGAGUUAUCGCACAAACAACAUCAUCAUGACGAUGGGUGGCGAUUUCACGUACAUGGAUGCUGGCGCAUACUACAAGAACAUGGACAAGUUGAUCAAGUACGCAAAUGAACGCAAUGAGAAUAUCAACAUGUUCUAUUCGACUCCAUCGUGUUACUUGAAAGCACUUCACGAUGCUGAUGUCACGUGGCCCGAAAAAUCCGACGAUUUCUUCCCUUAUGCCUCGGAUUUGCAUUCCUAUUGGACGGGAUAUUUCACUUCACGUCCCACCCAGAAACGGUAUGAACGCAUGGGAAAUCAUCUUUUGCAGGUUUGUAAGCAACUUUCGUCCUUUGCCUUGAAACACAACGACGAAUUUAUCCCGCAUUUGAACGAAUUGCGUGAAAUUAUGGGAGUUAUGCAGCAUCACGAUGCCAUCACGGGAACGGAAAAGCAAAAAGUUGCCCAAGAUUAUGCUCGUUCAAUGGCAAGAGGCAUCGAAUCGUGCAGUUCGAACAUUAAAAAUGUCUUGAAUCAACUUACCACGCGUCAAACGGAUCGUCCUGAACCAGCACCUUUUGGUUUCACAAUGUGUCCUAAUUUGAAUAUUAGCAGUUGUGAAGUUACAGAAAGAUCGAAGGAAUUUAUCGUCACUGUCUAUAAUCCAUUGGCCCAUUCUGCCUUUGAAUAUAUUCGAGUUCCAGUUGUGGGAGACAAAUUUUUAGUCAAAGAUUACAGAAAUGUUGAGAUUCGUCAUCAAAUGGUCCCGAUCCCAGCUACGGUGAGAAAUUAUGACAUGAGAUCGAGUGAAGCUACGCACGAACUUGUCUUUAUGGCGCCAGAAAUUCCAGCAUUGGGAUUCAAAGGAUUUUAUGUUACAAAAUUAGAAGAAGAUCAAGUUGAGGAAUUACCAAAGACUGAUCCCCAAGAAAACUUAAUUGUUGAGGAAAUGUCAGCUGAUGAACCAGAAAAGGCUGAAAAAGUCACCAUCGGAAACAAUUUCUUCACUUUAUCCUUCGACGAAUACGGAUUACUCGAGUCUCUCACCACCGUUGAAGGCGAAGAACAUCGUCUCGCUCAAAACUUCUUCUACUACCAAGGUUACCUCGGAAACAAUUGGAUCCCCAAAAAUCGUUCCUCGGGUGCUUACAUCUUCCGUCCCAACGGCACUGAAAAAUUCGUCGCCUCUCGUGCCUCAAUCGAAGUCGUUCGUGGCUUGCAUGUCGAGGAAGUUCGUCAAGUCUUCAACGAUUGGGUCUCGCAAGUGAUCCGCGUUUAUCGCGACGAAAAUCACAUCGAGUUCGAAUGGAUGGUUGGACCAAUUCCCGUUGAAGAUGGCAUCGGCAAGGAAGUUGUGUCGCGUUUUUAUUCCACUGUGCAUAACGAUGAUGUCUUCUACACGGAUGCGAAUGGUCGCCAAAUGGUUAAACGCGUGAGAAAUUAUCGCGAAACGUGGCCCGUUAACAUUGGAGAAAGCGUUGCUGGAAAUUAUUAUCCUGUAACGGCUAAAAUUAUGAUAGAAGAUGAUGAAAAUCGGUUUGCAGUGUUGAAUGAUCGCGCUCAAGGUGGCAGUAGUUUGUUCGAUGGAUCCAUUGAACUCAUGGUUCAUCGUAGAUUACUCAAAGACGAUGCGUUUGGGGUUGAAGAAGCCUUGAACGAAACGGAAUCCAACUCCAAAGGAAUUGUCGCACGUGGAAAACACUGGGUUGUCAUCGGUAAAAAGACAAAUACCAACAAAUUGGGAUGGACAGCAGCAGCACGAGAGCGAUUCUUACAAAAUGAGAAACUUUUACCGCCAGUUCCGUUCUUCAGUGAUGCUUCAAACACGAAUUACACACAUUGGAUGCAACGUUAUUCGAACAUUUGGUCCGUGAUGGCACUUCCCCUCCCCCGAAACCUGCACAUGUUAACUUUUGAGCCAUGGAAUCAAGAUAAACUCUACGGUCAUCAAUACAUCGUCCGUUUCGAGCAUCUUUUUGAAAGCGACGAAGAUCCAGAGUACUCGAAACCCAUCAGAUUCAACUUCCAAGAUGCCUUCCGUGAUUUGGAUGUUCAAUGGAUCAAAGAAACUACGUUGGCUGGCAAUCAAUGGAUCAAUGAAGCAACUCGUUUCAAAUUCAGACCAGAUUCGGAGAAAGAUUCGAGCAAAGAAUUCUCUAAAUAUGAGUCGAUGAUGCGAAAAGUCACAAAUUUGGAAGAUUUUGUCGAUGCGAAGUCAUUUGGAGGUGAAGUCGAAAAAAUGGAAAGAAAUGCAAGAAGCGUCGCCUUCGACUAUGAAAUCACGUUGGAGCCAAUGCAGAUUCGUACGUUCAUUGUAAAGAUGAAUCCAGAAAUUUAUGAUAAAUAA